ACACCGACCCAUCCUUCAACCAUACAAAACAUUCAUAAUUUUUUUUUCCAUUCCACUACCAUGAUAGGUCAAAUACACGGCAUGAAUAAAAAAUAACAGAAACUAAAAUUCCAUUCCACAAGUCUUUGUUUCUUCACAUGAGAAUCAGAAUCAUCAUCAAACAUUUUCAUAGUAAAAGUAAACACGUUUUUGUUUGGUCAUAGGUAAUGUAACACAACCACAAAAAUCACUAAUCACAAACCCCUUCAUCACCAAACACUAUAUUUAAGACUCUCAUUUCCAAUUCCCAAAAGCCAUAACUCAUCAAUUCCAAACACAAACACACCCUUUUCUUCCUUCUUGACUAAAGCCAAAAACUUUCAUCAACCCAACUCACAGAAAUCAAAAGGGUCGCCAAAAUUCUGUGUUGUUGUUGUGGCUGUUGGAACUUGAAUCAUAUAUAAUAUCACCGACCCAAUUGUUUAAUUUAUAAAAAUCAAAAUUUGAAGUAUUUAGUCCAAAAUAUUUUGCAUUUUUGUUGUUGUUAUCUUUGUGUUAAUCUUCUAUGGCGAGUUGGGUUUUAUCAGAAUGUGGUUUAAAGCCACUUGCUCCAGUAUUUUCCAAACCAAGAACUGGUUUUGCUGUUUCCAACAACUCAAAGGUUAGGUUUUUAGGCACAAACAAAGGAGUUUCAGAUCACAAAUUUCAAUUUCAACCGAAAAGUUUUGAUUUUAAGGAGAAGAGAAAAUGGGGUUUGAAUGUGAGUACUCCUUUGAGAGUUGACUCAAUUGAACAACAACAACAACAACAACAGGAGGAGGAACUUCCGGAGUUUGAUCCUGGUUCACCACCACCAUUUUCAUUGGCUGAUAUAAGAGCAGCAAUUCCAAAGCAUUGUUGGGUGAAGGAUUCUUGGAAGUCUAUGAGUUAUGUUUUGAGAGAUGUUGUUAUUGUUUUUGGUUUGGCUGCUGCUGCUGCUUAUCUUAACAAUUGGAUGGUUUGGCCUUUUUAUUGGGCCGCUCAAGGAACCAUGUUUUGGGCCCUUUUUGUUCUUGGUCAUGAUUGUGGUCAUGGAAGCUUUUCAAAUGAUGCUAAUCUUAAUAGUGUUGUUGGACAUUUCUUACAUUCUUCAAUUCUUGUUCCAUAUCAUGGAUGGAGAAUUAGUCAUAGGACUCAUCACCAAAACCAAGGACAUGUUGAAAACGAUGAAUCUUGGCAACCGUUGACAGAAACAUUAUACAAGAGUUUGGACAGUGCAGGACGCGCUUUAAGAUUUACAGCUCCUUUUCCGUUACUUGCAUUUCCUGUGUACCUUUUUAUCAGGAGUCCUGGGAAGACGGGUUCUCAUUUCCAUCCCGACAGUGACUUGUUUGUUCCAACUGAGAGAAAUGAUGUUAUCACUUCUACAGCUUCUUGGUUGGCUAUGGUGGCUUUGCUUGUAGGAUUGGGAUUUGUAAUGGGUCCAAUUCCAUUACUCAUGCUUUAUGGAGUUCCUUAUGUUAUCUCUGUCAUGUGGUUGGAUUUCGUGACUUAUAUGCACCAUCAUGGCCAUGAAGACAAAAUACCUUGGUAUCGUGGAAAGGAAUGGAGCUAUCUUAGAGGUGGACUUACUACUUUUGAUCGCGAUUACGGAUGGAUCAAUAACAUUCACCACGACAUUGGAACUCACAUCGUUCAUCAUCUUUUCCCUCAAAUUCCACACUAUCACUUAGUUGAAGCUACGGAGGCAGCUAGGCCUGUGUUUGGAAAAUAUUACAGAGAGCCAAAGAAAUCUGCUCCUCUUCCAUUUCACCUUAUUGGAGAAUUUGUAAGGAGCUUGAAGAAAGAUCAUUUUGUUAGUGACACUGGUGAUGUUGUGUACUAUCAAGCAGAUCCUGAACUUAGUGGCUCUUCUGAUGAAAGUUAAGAUUUUUCUACUAUUGAAAUUUGUCAUAAAGUUAGUGCAAUUAGUAGAAUCCACUUCAUAAAGAAAAGGGAUUAAUGGAAAUUAAAGAAUAUGUAGGGUAUAAGAUUAUCCUUCCUAAAAGGUGAAUUUUGUAAAUUGAUUAUUCUUCUUGAAGGAAGUUGAUUGAAGCACAGCACCUUGGUUCA